AUGGCGGAGGACGAAGAAUCCAUGUUCCCCAUCUGCAGCACAACCAAGCAAAGCUUGAUUAAGCUUGAAAUCUUUUUCAUGGUUGUCAAGGGUCGUUGGCACGGGUUUUAUUUCGGCAUGUUCGUGGCGGCCCCCGGUAUAUAUCAGGUUCGCGCCCAUGCAUCUUCGAGGAUUCUGCAAACUCUGAUAUUUGAUCACACCGACAGUUUUACUAGAUCCUUCCAUGGAAGGGUUCAGUUGCUCCAAAGGCACAACUUGAACAGUUUCCAGAUAAGCCGUGGUAAUCGUCAGGGAUCCGAGUGGCAAUCAAACAUGUAA